CCCACCGGAAGCAGUCCAGUAGGGUAAACCCCGAGAGCUUCUGGAGGUGACAGGAAGCUUCACACGUAAUAAAAAGAUGUCUAAAAACACUAAAAUAGUUCUGGUGUUUGGAGGCUUUGUGACGGCGGUGGCCGCCGCCUUGUAUCCCAUAUUUGUUUAUCCUCUGACACAUAAGGAGGAAUACAGAGAAGUCCAGAAGGUGAACCGGGCAGGAAUCAACCAGGCCGAUAUUCAACCUGCAGGUGUGAAGAUCUGGUCGGAUCCGUUCAAGCCUGUAGAGAAAUGAAGACGGAGGAUCCCGGAGACGUCCUGUUCACUGAACGCGUUUUCGGAGUGCUUGGUGUGUGCCUGAGUCAAAUACUUUCCUAUUGUUUUGACUGCUUUGGAUGCGUUUCUACUUAUAUCAAGUCAACCAUGAAAAAUGUAAUAAGUGAUUGUGUUUUUUUUUUGUUGACCACAAGGGGGCGGACUAUCCCCUCCUGUUCUGAAAGGAACUGAACCAGGGAAAGCUUAACUUUAAGGGAGAGUGUUGGGGUGGGAGAAUCUUUGUAUUUCUAAAAGUCUCACUCUGGAAUUCAGUAUGUAAGUAAUUAUAAUAAAAUGUAAAAGUUU